GCCGUUUAACACGGUGGAGCGGAAGGCGUCCCACGGCGUCAUCGACUGCGAUCAGAACAGGAAGGAGGUGCUGGUGAGGACGGGGGGGAUGAACGACAAGGCGUCACGAAAGACCUACACGUUUGACAUGGUCUUUGGUCCGGCAGCGAAGCAGAUCGACGUUUACCGGAGCGUCGUUUGUCCCAUUCUGGACGAAGUCAUCAUGGGAUACAACUGCACCGUGUUUGCCUAUGGUCAGACAGGAACAGGAAAGACGUUCACCAUGGAGGGAGAGAGGAGUCCGGACGAACAGUUCACCUGGGAGGAGGAUCCUCUGGCCGGAAUCAUCCCCAGGACGCUGCACCAGAUCUUCGAGAAACUUUCUGAGAACGGCACCGAAUUCUCCGUCAAAGUCUCGCUGCUAGAGAUCUACAACGAGGAGCUGUUCGACCUGCUCAGCCCCAGCGAAGACGUCAACGAGCGACUGCAGCUGUUUGAUGACCCGCGCAACAAGCGUGGCGUGGUGGUGAAGGGCCUGGAGGACGUGACUGUCCACAACAAAGACGAAGUUUAUCAGAUCCUGGAGAGAGGAUCCGCCAAGAGGAGGACGGCCUCCACGCUGAUGAACUCUUACUCCAGUCGCUCCCACUCCGUCUUCUCCGUCACCAUCCACAUGAAGGAGAUCACUCUGGAGGGAGAGGAGCUGGUGAAGAUCGGGAAACUCAACCUGGUGGACCUCGCUGGCAGUGAGAACAUCGGACGCUCUGGUGCAGUGGACAAGCGAGCUCGCGAGGCCGGAAAUAUUAACCAGUCCCUGCUGACGUUGGGCCGAGUGAUCACGGCGCUGGUGGAGAAGAGGCCGCACGUCCCGUACAGAGAGUCGAAGCUGACCAGGAUCCUGCAGGACUCACUGGGAGGACGAACUAAAACCUCCAUCAUCGCCACCGUGUCGCCUUCAUCCAGCAACCUGGAAGAGACGCUGAGCACACUGGAGUACGCCAGCAGAGCCAAGAACAUCAUGAACAAACCUGAGGUCAACCAGAAACUCACCAAGAGGACGCUCAUCAAGGAGUACACGGAGGAGAUCGAACGUCUGAAGCGUGACCUGGCCGCCACUCGAGACAAGAACGGAGUUUACCUGUCAUCAGAAAACUUCGAGAGUAUGAGGAGUCAGAUCACCGCUCACGAGGAGCAGAUAGUAGAGUACACAGACCGGAUCGCUGUCAUGGAGGAGGAGCUGAAGAAGGUGACGGAGCUGUUCACCGACAGUAAAACCAGACUGGAGCAGUGCGCCGUGGACCUGGACGAGAAGCAGCAGAGGCUGGAGGAAACAAACCGAGACCUGCAGGAGACCAGAGAGAAGCUGAGUCAGGAGGAGUUCAUCUGCUCGGAGAUCAGCUCAGUCCAGGAAACCCUGUACGCCACCGCCGACCAGCUGCUGACGACGGUGGACGCCAGCACCAGUGACGUGUCGGGUCUCCACGACAAACUGGACAGGAAGGAAAAGGUGGAGCACCACAACAGGCAGAUCCAGCAGAGUUUCUCACAGCGUAUGGACGGAGCCUUCAGCAGCUUGCAGCGCUGUGUUCAGCAGCAUGGAGCCAAACACCACGACAUGAUGAGCAGCUACUCACAGGCCGUCGAUGGUUUACUUAUAAUGAACGAGGCGGCGCUGAAAGGAGCUCUGACCACCGUGGAGUCCUUCGUGGGCAGCGUGGGGCCGCUGGUGGCCCAGGGCGUGGCUCGCUGUCAGGAGAAAGUGCAGCAGCAGGAGGCGCUGUGUCUGCAGGACAAAGAGAAUCUGCUGCAGCUGCUGGAGGAGCAUCGACAGGACAUGGAGGAGGUGCUGGUGGUUCGGACUCUGAUGGGAUUAUCAGCCGUGAAGGAGCUCGGUGACACUCUGAGGGCGUCUGUGGAAUCACAGCGAGCUCUGGCCGACAAGGUGGAGGCCAUGAAGGAGAUGGGGGUGUUUUUCAGCGGCCUGGUUCGGGAGCUGCGGGGGCUGCGGGAGGCCGCGGUUCAGGGUUUAAGCUCUGUGCAAACAGAGCACAAGCAGCUGGAGGACGAGAUCAGACAAGCGCAAGAGAAACACCAGUUGGGUAUGAAGCAGACCAUCCAGUGCCUGCAGGACCAGCUCAACCUGCUGACCCUGGAGACCCAGAGAGACUACACUGAUCUGUGCACGUCCUCCAGAGCGCUGCUCGACCCUCUGCAGAGCCUCCAGCAGAGCAUCAGCACCGGCUGCAGCACAGUGGAGCAUCAGGCCUCCACCCAGGCGGACCUCCUCUGCUCCACCUCCUUAUCCCUCGCCUCUUCGCUGCGUCUCAGUGCAGACGAGAGCCGACAGACGCUGGAGGAGCUGACGGGCUGCUGCUCCCACCUCCACGACUCUGUGUCUGGUCUGGUGGAUCGUGACCUCCAGUGGAGCUCCGGAGCCAGGGAACAUUCGGAGACACGAGCCCAGGAACACCUCACCCUGAUGAGGCAGAGUGUCUCUGAAGCUCAGAACCUGCAUCAGAGCGUGGAGACGCUCUGCACCGAACAGCUGCACAAAGCCAAGGAGGAGCUGUUGUGUCGGCAGCAGGAGGUGAGUCGAGUUCUAGUGGCCGUGCAGGAGCAGAACUCCUCAGACAGGAUGGUUCUUGAUGAGCAGCAGGCGGAGCUACGUGACCACGUGGAGAAGAGCCAACAGCUGGUCUGUGGUUUCCUGCAGGAGGAGCUGCAGCAGGAUGUUCCCACCGGUGCCACCCCUCAGCGUCGGGAGUUUUCGUAUCCCAGGCAGCUAGUGAAGUCUCAGAGCCGCGGUGAGCUCCUGGAUAGCCUGAGGAGGCAGCAGGAGGAGCUGCUCGCCGCCAUGGAUGAGGAGGAGGAGGAGCCCGAAGAGGAGGACAAACACAGCCAGGUGGAACAUGACUCUCUGGAGGACGAGCUGAGCACUUGUAACGAAAGCUUGGCCACGGAGCCGUCCUUCGUCGACGAGAACCUCGUCUUCAACGAGAGCAAACGUCUUCCCUUCUUCAAGCAGAAGGGCGGUAAGAAGGAGACGAAGAUCCUCAGCCGACAGAAGUUGUCAGAAGCCGAAGCUGUGUUGACGCCGCAGAAAUCCAGACUGCCGCUCCGCUGCAUGAACUAAAACCGUUUUAAAUUUUAUUCUUUUAAACAAUGUUUGAACUAAACUUUCUAAUAUUAAUCUUUUGUCUUUUUAAACAUUACGACGCUGUGUCGUAGACUGUCUCUUGUUGUAGCACGGUGAUUGUCCCGACAUUUUCAAGUUGCUUGUAAAAUUAAAGAGAUUUAUACUUGU